UUCCCAGAAUCCUUUGCUCCAACCUGCCUGCUAGCAUGACUUCCAUCCUUCCAGAGUAGCAGACGAAGAGGAAACAGAUGACUUCUCCGCCUCCCCGCGCCUGAAAUCAGCCGCAAAAACACGUCCGACUGUUUUAUCCAGAGAACAUUAAAUCCUGUCUGAGCGUCUCUAACAGAUGCUGUGAUGCCGUUUUCCUCCACAAACUGACUGCGAACCGCCACAUGACCCACCGCUGCCGCCUGUGAGAGCGCCGUUCUGAGCAGUGGGCGGGGCCUGUCCUGUCCGGGGGCGGGGCCAGCGAUGGACAGCAGGUGCAGCAGCGUCGAUUCGCGGCUGACCGGCAGAGGGCUGGGGUCGGUCAGCAGCACGCCGCUGUCUGCCAGGGUGGAGUCGUACGAAGCCGGGGAGAAGAAAUGCAUCUCAGACGUCCGGAGGACAUUCUGCCUCUUCGUCACCUUUGACCUCUUGUUCAUCACUCUGCUCUGGAUUAUUGAGCUAAACGUGAGCGGAGGCGUUCAGGCGCAGCUGGAGAAGGAAGUGCUGCACUACGACUACCAUGCCUCUUUCUUCGACAUUUUUCUGCUGGCCGUCUUCAGGUUCGCCGCUCUCAUCCUGGCGUACGCCAUCUGUAAGCUGCGUCACUGGUGGGCCGUCGCUAUAACCACUGCAGUCAGCUGUGCGUUCCUGAUUGUUAAAGUCAUUUUAUCUCAGCUGCUCCUCCAGGGCGCCUUCGGUUACCUGCUGCCCAUCGUCUCCUUCAUCCUGGCCUGGAUAGAAACCUGGCUGCUCGACUUCAAGGUGCUGCCGCAGGAGAACGAGGACGAAAGCAGAUAUCAGUCGUUCCUGGACGCCGUUGAGCGCGCUCCUCUCAUGGGUCCUGGUCCUCUAUCCGACGGGCAGUUUUACUCUCCACCCGAGUCUCUAGCAGACUCUGAUGAAGAUCUGGAGGAUAAACACGACCCAGAAAAAUGCCUGAUCCAGAAAGUCUCCUAACGGGUAGAAAACUCUUCCUGCAGAGGUUUUCCUCCAGCCUUAAACGUCCUGCUCCUCUCUGGACCUGCAGUCAAACAUCAGCCUUCUGCACACGCCGCUGCUCAACGCCGUCCGAGUUCUGCUUCCAGACGGCUUUUUGUCUUUGGACGCUUUGAGGGAAUUCAUUUUUAUACAAAAUUAACUUAAAGUCUGGUUGAACAAAAAGAUCUUUUUUUUUUUUCUGUUUUUAAAAAGAGCCUUUUCAGAUUUCAGCCAUGAUUCACGUUUUGUUUUACACGUUUUUGGACAGCUUGUCUUAAAUUUACACCAUGUUUACUGUAAUAUUUGGUUGGUUUUGAUUUUACUGUGACAUAAAUCCUGUAAUUGGGUGAAGGAAUGAGUGAAGGACCAGUUUGUAGCAGCAGAACGAAGUCUGAACAAGCAGAUCACUGAUUUAAAGAGACUGAAUAAAAGUAUUUAAGGGAAAAUGAGCCACUUGAAGGAACCUGCACUGUAUGUAUCAUAUAUAUAUUAUAUAUCAAACUGCUUUUAAAAGCUGAGGAGGAAAAGUUGGAGGAGGAAAAAGUCAAACAAUGUAAUUAUACACGCCUUGAUGCAUGCCAUCCAAACUGUUUGGUUUUCAUGGAAAGCUUGUCUGUAAAAUGGAACCAAUAAAAGGUGAAACCUUG